UUAAGCGUGUACACUACCACACGGUCAAACAUUGGUGCCGAGAGCACCAUAGAUCUGGUGUUGAAUGUGGAGGAUUUCGAUCUCGAGUCCAAAUUUGAAAGGACAGUGAAUGUCUCUGUACCAAAGAAGACCCGGAACAAUGGCACGUUAUAUGCAUAUAUCUUUCUUCAUCACGCUGGCAUUUUGCCUUGGCGUGAUGGUAAGCAGGUGCAUAUAGUAAGCCCUCUGACCACCUACAUGGUCCCUAAACCAGAAGAGAUUAAUCUGCUCACUGGAGAAUCAGCCACACAGCAAAUUGAAGCAGAAAAACAGACCAGUGCUCUAGAUGAGCCUGUCUCUCACUGGAGGUCAAGAUUAACCUUAAAUGUCAUGGUGGAAGAUUUUGUGUUUGAUGGAUCAUCCCUCCCUGCUGACGUUCACCGUUACAUGAAGAUGGUUCAGCUGGGGAAGACAGUGCAUUACCUUCCAAUAUUAUUUAUUGAUCAGCUAAGCAACAGAGUGAAAGAUUUGAUGGUUAUAAAUCGUUCAGCAACAGAGCUACCUCUUACAGUGUCGUAUGACAAAAUCUCUCUUGGAAAGCUGCGAUUUUGGAUCCACAUGCAGGAUGCUCUAUACUCCCUCCAACAAUUUGGGUUUUCAGAAAAGGAUGCAGAUGAAGUAAAGGGAAUUUUUGUUGAUACUAACCUGUACUUUCUGGCUUUGACGUUCUUCGUAGCAGCGUUUCAUCUUCUCUUUGAUUUCCUUGCAUUCAAAAAUGACAUCAGUUUUUGGAAGAAAAAGAGGAGCAUGACUGGGAUGUCUACAAAAGCAGUGCUUUGGCGGUGCUUUAGUACUGUGGUAGUAUUUAUUUUCCUUUUGGAUGAACAAACAAGUUUAUUGGUACUGAUCCCAGCGGGCAUUGGUGUGGUGAUUGAGCUCUGGAAAGUGAAGAAAGUGUUGAAAAUGACAAUCAAGUGGCAAGGCUUGAGACCCAGAAUUCAGUUGGGUACAUACAGUGACUCUGAAAAGAAAACCGAGGAGUACGAUACCCAGGCUAUGAAAUACUUGUCAUAUUUGCUCUAUCCACUGUGUAUUGGAGGUGCAGGUUACUCCUUGCUGAAUGUCAAAUACAAAAGCUGGUACUCCUGGCUGAUUAACAGCUUUGUCAACGGAGUGUAUGCUUUUGGGUUCCUGUUUAUGCUGCCCCAGCUGUUUGUAAACUACAAGAUGAAAUCUGUUGCACACUUACCGUGGAAGGCUUUUACGUACAAAGCAUUCAACACCUUUAUUGAUGAUAUAUUUGCUUUUAUCAUCACUAUGCCAACAUCUCAUAGGCUGGCGUGCUUUAGAGACGACGUCGUGUUCCUGGUCUAUCUUUACCAAAGAUGGCUUUAUCCUGUGGAUAAGAGCAGAGUGAAUGAGUAUGGAGAAUCUUACGAAGAAAAGCCAAAAAAAAAAGCUCAUAGAGAAUAA